AUGGCUGGUCUACAUGUCUUGUUCUUCACUGUGGGUGUGUCCUACCUACUGGCACAAGAAAUAGCGCCUGCAAAUAUUACAGCACCUACGGAGGUGCCACUUUCACCCACUGAUGCACCUAGACCCCGGUCCUUCACGGGCACAGGAGGCGCGGAUUUUGCGAUCGAGGACCAAGCUCCUACUGCGUCCAGAGAAAUAGAGGCCGAUCACGUGACAAGGCUGGACCUUGGUGGAACAAAUGUUGGCAUUUGCACCCAACGCCACCUGUGCAGAAGCCUUGGUUGUCGCUUCCAAACGUUCAACAGCACCGUCGGCACCUUGGCUGGUGCCAUGUGCCAAUGUGAUCCAGCCUGCACCUUUUUUAACGACUGCUGCGUAGACUACACCGAGCACUGCCACCCACCAUCGGCAAACUACACCCCUAAUGCCGGACUUGUGCGUAACAAUUUCACUUGCUACGUGGAAGAUCCCAGAACUGACAUCAAAAAGGGAUACUAUGUCAUCGGUGCCUGCCCUCUAGACCAAACGACUCAGGACAGCAAAAUACGCCAACGUUGCGAGAAUGUCAACGAGAACGACUUCUUGUCCCGUGUCCUGGUCUCCGGGCGGAAGAACGACUUCCCAUACUCCAACGUGCACUGCGCUCUCUGCUGGGGUGAGAAAACGUCCGACUUGGAGGCGUGGAGCGUGGCCGUCAGCUGUGAGUCGGAAUCGGCCGACGCGUCCGUCACCCAGCUAUUUUCCAACUCCACGGCCAAGAACACGCUAGAUCUCGUAGAGCAGGUCCAGGGAUGUCGCGUUACGAUUCGACAGCCACAGAUAGCUGGUGUCAGCCUGCGAGCGUGCUUUCUCGGCGAAGGGGGCACUUACAUCGACCAAUGCCCUCCUGGAAGCUUACUGGACGUUGCCUGCAAAUCCUACACUGCAGUCAGUGUAGCCUCCCCUUUGAUGAAGUACACAGUUGGUAAAAACCCACACUGUUUGGUGUGCAACAACCCUUCGUUGUUAAACACUGACUGCGACGAGUAUUAUCCCUUCGUUUACAGCGUCUUAUUCGGAGGCCAGACACCUCCGUACGGCCCAUCCCCAGUUCCGCCUCCGCUGUCAAUCAUCUUCGACUUCCGGUCCGGGGGCAACGUCAAGGUGGUGACGCAGGACGUCGUGAUCUCAGAACAGCAUGUGACCUGUCCAGCCAACGAGGUGUAUGACCCAUUCCUAUCUGCGUGUCGCGUGCUGUCCUGCGGCAAAGGGUACGUCUUUGACGGCGACCAGUGCGUGAGGGAAUCAAACCGACUCCGACCAACAUCUGAACAAGAUAUAGUCGUCUACGUACAUAUCACAGCCUGCAACUUGACGGUUUCAGGGUCUGGUCUCGCACAGGACGUCGAGUUCAAGAUGUGCCUGGGUGACCUCAUUGGAGUCAAUCAGAGUGAUAUUCAACAGUCGACCAUGUCCCCAGCAGUAACCGAUGUAAACUGCAACUCCACUAAGCAGCCAACAGUCCACCCACUCAUGGUCUUGACAGACUGGGAGAGUUUCCUCACCUUCAGUCUUAAACUCGAGAAGAUUGACGAUGAGACAUUGUGCCCAGGUGCUACUAUCCUGUCCAUUGAGGUAAUUUAUCACAGCGUGAAUUUAACACUGAGUAGAUGCAAUGGGCGCUGGAUUGACGAAACUUGCCUCUAUCGAAACCAAUUGCACUGGGCAUACAGCAAUACAACGUAUGCCAUUGGUGGCAGGAUCCAACGUCAGGUGUAUGAAUCACUAGCAGUGACAGCUGGCUUUAGGAGGUGUUACAGUAUCCAAAUUUGCGAUAAUCCGGAUCUCUCCUGCCUUCUUGAGACUUUCAAUGGUUCCCUGUUUCACCAAAGUGCCGAAAACGCGACGUCCCUGGUGUACAUUCCGACAGGGGAUGUCUUCGAUCGGGAGCAGUACAUAGAGACCGCCGACGGGGAAAUCCAGGUGUGCUCCUUCAAUCAGCCGAACGGGACGCGCAAUCGCACCCAAUUCUUCACCUUAUUCGAGUACUCGCCCGUGCAGCAAAUUCUGAGCAUCGUCGGGAACAGCAUUUCCAUGUUAGCUGCUGUCAUCACAUUUGUGACCUUCGCCGUCUUCAAAGAGCUCAGGAACCGCACCAGCAGUCCGAUCAUGAACUUCACGAUUUCCCUGUUUCUGGCCCAGCUUAUUUUUCAACUGAUCGGGGUGGGGACUGGACAUGAGGCAAUCUGUACUGCCAUCGCAGUCUUAGCGCAUUAUUUUUUCCUAGUCUCUGUCAUGUGGACAGGAGUUUUGGCUUUCAUUCUCCAUAGGGCAUUUGCAAAAACUAGACAAUCAGCAGUCGAGCAGGGCCACCGUCGCGAUGGAGUACUGCUGCCCGCCGCAUUUGCCUGGGGCGUCCCCUUGGCCAUCACCCUCUCGUGCUUGAUUCUCCACCUGUGCGACUGCACCGAUCUUCCCCUUCAGUACGGCAACAGUCAAAUCUGCUGGAUUGGGAACGGUUACGUCAACAUUGUCGUGUUCGGAGUUCCCAUUGGGAUCGUCAUAUUGGCCAACGUUAUCCUGUUCAGUUUCACCGUCCGUGGAAUUUGGCAGACCAAGCGUGUUACCAAGGCUGUCCAGAGUAAAUCUGAAAUACAACAAGUGAAGGAAGAACUGGUCAUUUACAUAAAGAUCUCAAGCCUGAUGGGCUUCACGUGGAUCACUGGCUUUGCCGCUGCCAUCAGCGACGUCCCAGCUCUUUGGUACGUCUUCAUCCUCCUCAAUUCUUGCCAAGGUCUGCUCGUUUGCAUCUCCUUUGUCUGCAAUCGGCGAGUCUGGUGUCUCUGGCGGGACGGCCUGGGCAAGAUGUGCGCCCGUGCGCGGGGACUGGACGCGGGCGAGAGCGAUACAGGCACGCUGGUGACAGGGGUCAGCUCCAAAGCGGUCCAGCUAAGCAUAAUUAAGACCAAGCAAUAGAGAUUGCACCCAGCAACGUACAGAGGUAUACAUGGACACGACGUCCUGCAGCUGCAGACCAAGUAUAAAUUCCCAGUUUGUUCAUGUCUGGGCCAUAGUGUUACGAAGUCUUGCUUUGCUGAAGGCACCCAUCAACACGUUGCAGUAGUGGUAGAUCCAGAUUUCUAGUUGGGAGGGGAACCAAAAUGAGAGGCUUUUUCUUAAAAAAAAUCCUAUCCGUACAUGAAUCCCCACCCUUCUCCCAAAGCAAGGUGGUACAGUUUGGAGUGUUGGCAGCAGUGACUAAAAGAAAAUAAAUUGGCAAGGUACCUCUUGGGUUGGGGAGGGGCAACUUGCUUCCCCCAUCCCAUCCCCCAGUGGAUAUGCUACUUACCUUCCUGUCCAGAAAGGCUGGGCGGCAGGCUCGAGUCCACAUCACUGGGUAACCACCUGAUGGCUUGGAAAUUGGAUCAGUCAUUUCGUUCUACGUUAAUAUCAACACGUAGGGUCGGAAUCUGUGGCGUAUCGUACAUUUGGUUUUGAAUUUGCCUCCGACACCAAAAGCUGAUGGAUACGUCACUGGUGUGAAUGCACAUUAGGGACGAUUACAUUCAUAGUAAAUACGUGUACUUCACAAUCAAAACCGUUCAAAUGGGUGGCCAAGUUUCCUCUGUC